AGGACCGGUAUUUGUAUUAUGUUGCACGAGAUUUCCUUCAGCCCGAAACAUUUAAGUACGGCAUUCUCUUCCAUCAAAUUUCUGUUUUCAUAACGUUCCGCUUAUCACAAGAAGAUGUCCGAAGACAAAACAACGACGGAGGAUAUGUGGACUCCGUACAAAGAAUUGCACAGUCUAGUCGAACGAUGCAUUACAUCCUCUCCAACAACCCACGAUCUUCAAUACCACGAAUUUACGGAAGCACUACGAAAUCAUCGGCAGAAUUUUCUUACACUUUUGAAAAAUCCUCCCCCAAAUGCAAAUAGUCGAGAAGAAAUUAAGAAAGGAGCAACUGAAGGCAUUACGCUUCCUGGUCUGGGCUGUCAAUUACUAUCGAAAGAGCUAGUUGAUGAAACCCUUAUUAUAUCGGACAUGUAUAACCUUAAUGAAUUCAUGGCCUUGGAUCUCUUAUGUACAGCUCAGUUACAAAUGCCUCAUCAUCCUGGUUUACCUAGAGGUCUAACAGCAAUUUUGUUAUACUACGAUGGUAAAAAAGCUCUUACCUCAACUUUAAGAAUGCUUGUACAAGCUAGAAUGGGUCAUAGUUGGAAAAUUGACGCACCCAUUGCCCUUUUAAGACACAUCACAGAAUAUACGAACAAAAUGGAAGAAGAUCAUUUAUUAGACAGAAUUUUAUCUUUGUUAGAGGAAAUGAAUCCUGUAAAAGAACAAAAAUUGCUAGAAAAAAAUCGGGCAUUGGGAGGACCAAAGCAUCGCUAUAUGGUCAUGAAACUUUAUAACGAUUCCAGACAAGACUUGGCUGAUAUUUUAUGUCUAUGGUCUGCUCAAUCUUCACUGCCAAAUGAAGUUUUGUUCCGUUUACUAUCAUUUCUAAAGACAAAAUCAAUAGAGUCCGAAAUCGGUGAAGGUGGACUGGAUAAAGUUACUCUUGCUCUUAUAAUGAGCGUGCUGAAUGCAAUUAAUUUUAGUUCUUUGCAUAGUCGUGAGAACGGUGAAGAACUGUUAAAUUCCAUGCCGUUGAUUACGGACAGUAAUGCACGCGAGGAAUUUAGUCAGAAAUUAUUAUCAACUAAUAUCAAUUGGGAAAGCGCUCGAUUGCGCGGAUUUAUACAAUUCGCGUACGCAGUUGCUCUAACAACAAUUAAAACUGUCGUUAACGCGCAACCGAUGAACAUUACGAACGAAGACGAACGGCUUCUCGAAGCAGCAUUAUCGAACAAAUGUUUUCACUUUAUGGCCGACAUAUUAUUCAAGAACAAAAAUAUAUACCACGAAGAAUUUUAUAUUCGUUACUUUCACGGUCUUAUUUCCGAUUUCAUAUUACUAAUGCCCCUAAAAGUGAAAGAUUUACGAAGUCGCGCAGACGAAUCCAUGCGUUUGAUACAAGCUUAUCAGCAAGAAGGUAUCGAGCCGCCUUUGAAUUUAGAUAAUCACUUUGAAUAUUUAAUGUUAACGGUGGCGGAGUUAUAUAAAGAGGAUCCGUUGAAAUUGGACCUAGUCAUGGAUUAUUGGUGUCAUCAUUCUGACUCGACUCACGCAUCUGCGCCUGUUUACAUGAAUCGUUUACCAUCCAGACAGGUUGCACUGUUUAAAUUUGUACGACUUGCCGGAGAAAUAUUGCCAGCAGGUCUGUUCGUACCAUAUCUUAAAAUGAUAGCAUCACUUGCAUCUUCACCGCAAGCGGCGAGACAAGCAUUCAAUUUUCUUAAACCAAAUGGAACUUCAGGAUCAACAACAAUUUCCUGGGAUCAUUUCUUCAAAUCUUUGAAUCAGUACUAUAGCAAUCUUCGAAAAGAAUUGCCUCCUACCCAGGACACCGUUUACCGUCAGCGAGGUCAUCCGAAGGGUAUCACUCCGGACGAAGUUAAAGGGUUGGAAACGGUACUUCUGGUAGUUCAAGUUAUCGCAAAAAACGAUGAAAUGUCGAGAAUAGCGAUAUGCGAUCAUCCAGGGUGGAAAGUAUUACCAUCGUUAAUCGGUUUAGUUAGUUGCGGUAUAUCGAUUCCGUUAAAAGCGGUAUUGGUAAGAACUCUUGCCGCGCUAGCGAGGUCACCCGAAAGUUCAUCCACCGUAUGGCAGAGUUUAGAAGCUGCACAAAUACUUUCAACGGUGCCAACCACAAGUAGCUAUCAGCCAAGAGGUGUUCAGACCGAGUUAGAGGAGAUCGAGUCGAAGAAAGACGAAUAUCCGUUAACUCGAGCGAUGCUGGAACUUCUGGAUGUCCUCACCGAUUUCCCCAUACCACGACUGUUGGGAAUGGGGCAUCGGAAUCCCGGUUUCGAUCCUUACUUACAUUUUAUCAUCAAUACCAUCUUUCUCAAGUUUCAUACACGAUCGUAUAAAAAUUCAGCAGAGAAGUGGGAAGUCGCCGAAAGUUGCCUGAAGAUUUUCUCGAAGCUCAUUAAACAGUACGAACCAACCGUGGAAGAUUUCACCGGAUGCAAGGUGGAACUUCAAAGCGGCGAGACCACGUUGGUCAAUUCAGCUCCAGGGUACCACAUAAUGACUCAGUUGCACUCUAAGUCGGAGCUUCUUCACGUUAUAUUGUACAUUCUGGACAAAGGUUGCUCGAACUUUGAUAUGUACGAGCGUUUUCCCGGUAAGAAGGACCUUGAGAAUGGCACUCUAUAUUGUCUGGAAAUAUUAGAGAGGGGAUUGAAAACCCAGCACAACUAUAUGUCGCAGUUGGCGGCUGCGAAGUCGGUGCACAAACUUCUAACCGGACUGUCGAGGCUACUUUUAGAAGUGGAUCCACAGUCGAAGAAGCAGGACUACAUGGUAAACGUAGCUAAAUACGUGUCCUACAACUCCUGGCUUCCGCAGCACGCGUUCCACGCUGUCGGUGUCAUUCACGAAGUGACGAACGAGCCAGGGGCAGACUCUGAGCUGCUCUCUACGUUCACAGCCACUUCUGCCUUGGCUACGAGUAUAAGACACGAAUUCGUGGAAUGUUUGGACGCAGACAUCACUGUUGACGAGGACAUCGAGUCGAGUGAAAAGCAAUACACUGGCAGCUGUAAAGAACGAAUUCUACUUCUGAUGAUGCACAGCAUUACCCGGCCCGCUCCGAAUCUUGCUCACUAUUUACUAGGAUUCGAAAUAACCAAGGACAUCCGUAAAACUACGCUGUUCCAUCCAGGUGUUCUCUGGUUCCCGCGCACGUGCCUACAUUCGAUAUUAGGAAUUUUAGAACAGUCCCUCGAACGAGGUCGCGACAAGAUUACAGAAGCUUGUUACUGCUUCCUUCAUACGUUGGCUGCGAACAACAAGACGUCCGUUCCGGUCUUGAGAUUCUUACGAACCAGUGUCAAUCAGGACUUCGUGCAAAGACACCUGUCAAAGUUGCCAUUCGAGGGCCAGAACAGAGCAACGGAACUCGGUUGCAUGUCCUGGUUACUGAAGAUCGCUGCGAUCGAACUGCGAGUCGCUGGUGGAAGGCUGCAAAGCUCUCUGGUUCAACGGCUAGUAGGGAACUUCUGCCAAGAAAAAGGGCAGAUAGUUCCCUCGCAAAAGCUUCUGAUGGAUCUGCUGCAUUACAUCGAGUUUCAGCUUCAACUGGAGCCAAUGCUCUCCCUGGAUUUCUUCGACCCGUCCCAGAUCGAGAUGGCUCUGGGACGUUGUAGCGUUCCAGUUACCCUGAUAGGUGGUCCACGUCUUAUAGACAUUAGAAAAUUACAUUCCCUGAUCACGGAGGAAGUAGCCGUGACGCAAAACAGCGCCACUGCGACUCAGCGGAACCUCAUGCAACAGGAGGUGCAGAAGAUUUUGACUCAUGCUUUAAGAAGGAACCAAACGAAGCUGUUGUCUUAUGCGACAGUGAAGUUUGUCGAAGGCUGGUGCCAGACGACGGAGAUGCUUUUCUGCGUUGCGUCCAAUCAGCAGCUCCAGACCUCGCAGAAGCAGAACUUGUUAUUGAAUUUAUCUCACGAUUUAUUACAGAAAAUGACAUCUUGCGAGGCUCUGAGCGAGAUCAAAACCCUGGUGUCUGGUACGGUGCUGAUAUUACUGGUGAAUUUACGGAACAGUUUCAUCACCCAGACGGACAGCGAAUCGUUUCCAUCUUCACCGUCGAACACAACGAUGAUGAAAAUUAUCCUGAGCCACAUUUUACAAUGGAUAUUGAACGCGGGCGCAUCCUCGCAAAAAGUAGUCACGCAUUUGUACGCGGCUCUGUUGAAUUUCCUCUGCGUGGUCGGCUUGGAGAAGUCUGAAAGCACGAAUAUUAUAGACACGAUGUACGUCAGUCAGUUAGAUAGCACGGUGAACAGAGUAAUGCCCGUGCAAGAACGUUCGCAUCGGUAUGCAACGAUACAAGUGAUAAACAGCUUUGGAAAUAAAUUAAUGGAUAUCCUCUGUCACAAUUGCUCCGGUGGCCACGACGUCUGCAAAAUGCUGGCAUUGUCCUGCUUGGAUAAGAUCUUGGAAUUGGAUUACGACAACGCCUGGAUACUUUAUUUGACCAGCAGAGGAUACUUGAAACACAUGAUAGACGGUCUUUUGGAAUCUGAUAAUAUGUUACGGUCCAUGUUACAGCCAGAACCGCAAACGUUACGACCAUUGUACUUGUACGAGGCGAAAAUGGCAACAUUCUGUAGAAUGGCGUCCACGAGACUAGGUGCGGAAAGUCUUUUAGAAAAUAAGAUCUUGCCAUGCGUAUCGAGCAUGGUUGUGUUCGAUCAUCAUCCUGACGUUCAUAUUGGAUUCGAAGGGGGCGACUACUCCUUUAUACCCUCCAUCGGUCAACGGUACCAGCAGAUCUUUCUGCCGGCCCUGUAUCUUUGCGACGCUCUGCUCACCACUUUGGGAACCGAGAAUCAAUCCUGUGCCAUUCAAGUCUGCGGAUUUCUACAAAGCCACAGGGACACCAUCGAGAUGAUUUUACGGAACGCUUUCCCGAAAGCUAAUAUUCUGUUUCUGAAAGAGAUCGCCUGUCUUACGGGUGUGAUAUCCAGAUCUGCGAACAUCGAUAUGUAUAAAUUAGUGGACGAAGAACUGGCGAAAGCGGAUAUCGAUGACCAUAAAUUGGAAGACACUACUGGCAUGAGGGAACUUCGUGCUCAUCUUUAUCGAUUGCAGAGACUGAUGCUGUCAUUAUUGUGCAAAUUUCAAUUGCAACCGGCGCCUGUUCGUUUAAGCCACGAGGAAACAGACGCGAACCAACAGCACAUGUCGUGCGUGCAAAUUGUCGCGAAUAUUAUGCUGUACACUCGCAAUCAAAUGCAACACAGCCGAAUGGAUCAAAAAAUACGGAACGUACUGUUCGAGCCGCAUCUGACCUCUAAACUGGGAAGCACAGAAGACAGGGCGAAGGAUACGUCUGGCGGCGUACACUUGGGGACAAUUAUCGAUCAACUUGUCUCCGUAACGAAUUUAUUACACACCGAAUUACCGCAUAUAGACACUCUUAUAAAAAAGGUUGCGAUGUUAAGUGAAAUGCGUACAACGGAAUUGAAAGAGUAUUUGUCCGAAGAAGAAGCAGAGCUCACGGUUCAAAAGCAGCGGGUAAUUGUGGAACAACGAUUGUGCCGUUGGGUGAAAGAGAAACGUCGAAGUAUCAAAUAUUGCUCUCUGAUAAUCGAACAUGCUUUGUAUAUUCUAUGGAGUCACUUGGACUUUUAUAUGAUCCAGGUGGUAUCACGGCACAGUCGAAUGCAAGUGUCAUCAGCGGGCAUAGAUGAAGACAUGGUAGCAUGGAAGGGGUCAUCGGAGACGUUAAUGGAAUUGAAACAUGGUCUCGUUUCUACUUUUACGGACAGUUUUAUUACGCAGUUGUUAGAUACACACAAUGAAUAUGCAACGGUAGAUCAGAACUUCAUCGAAGCGCUUGUAAGAAGAAUCAAACGAUUAUUACAGUUUAUAAUUGUACAGUAAGCCCGCGUUUACGCGAAACAGUUCGGAUGUACAAGAACAUAUUUUUUUAACGUUCGUGUAUAUUUACGAACGACGGC